AUGUUUUCCUGGGCUUUUAAAAUGCGAUCUUGUGUAAUGUACUAUGACCAAGCACUGGAGCGUGGAAGCUGUGAACCUCCUAACCUACUCUCUACCUGCCGAACAGAAUCACCAAAAGGGGGUGACAUACCACUUCAGAGAAUGGCGAAUACUUCCAAGGGCAAGGUGUGUGUCACUGGAGCCUCUGGCUUUGUUGCCUCUUGGCUUGUCAAGCGACUUCUCGAGUCAGGUUAUCAUGUUCUAGGGACAGUCAGAGACCCAGGCAAUCAGAAGAAGGUAGCACACCUCUGGAACUUAGCAGGUGCUAAGGAGGGGCUGGAGCUUGUCAGGGCUGACCUCUUGGAAGAAGGGAGCUUCGACGAUGCCGUGAUGGCCUGUGAGGGCGUCUUCCACACCGCAUCGCCUAUCAUCACUAACGCUGAUUCCAAGGAAGAAAUGCUUGAUUCGGCGAUAAACGGCACUCUAAACGUGCUGAGAUCCUGCAAGAAGAAUCCAUUCCUCAAAAGGGUUGUCCUCACGUCUUCGUCGUCGACCAUGAGGCUGAGAGAUGAAGCUGAAUUCCCUCCCAACGUGCUGCUGGAUGAAACAUCAUGGAGCUCCGUGGAGUUCUGCGAAAGCAUCCAGAUAUGGUACGCUGUUGCGAAGAUCCUCGCUGAGAAAUCAGCCUGGGAGUUCGCCAAGGAGAACAACAUCGACCUCGUGGCCGUUCUUCCGACGUUCAUCAUCGGCCCUAACCUCUCCCCUGUGUUAGGCCCCACCGCCUCAGAUGUCCUUGGCUUGUUUAAAGGGGAGACGGAGAAGUUCACCAUCUUCGGGAGGAUGGGGUACGUCCACAUCGACGACGUCGCGAGCUGCCACAUCCUGGUCUACGAAACCGCCGACGCCAAGGGGAGGUACAUCUGCAACUCGGCGGUUCUGGAUAGCAACGAGCUGGUCGCCUUGCUCGCGAAACGGUUCCCGUCGUUCCCCAUCCCGAAGAGUUUACCGAACAUUUACGGGGAGCAGACGUACGGCUACAACACGUCAAAGAUCCGGAAGCUGGGGCUUGAGUUCAGAGGCGUGGAGGAGAUGUUCGACGACUCGGUGGAGUCGCUCAAGGCGCAUGGCUAUCUGCGCGAGGGCGCCGCGUGA